UUACAGGCUAUAAAACACAUUGCGAACCUGUAGGAAAAGCAUCCACAAUUUCAUCUUCAUAGGAGAGAAUUCUCCAUUGGGGUUAAAAUGGCAAGUUCACAAGCUCUUUUCAUCGCUUUGUUCAUCUCUGCGAUUGCAUUUUAUUCGGGAUCUGUAGAUGCCAACUUUCCCAAAAGCAUGUAUUUCAACUGGGGUGCUUACCAUUCUUGGAUGAAUGGGGACAAUCUUCAGCUCGUGUUGGAUCAAACUUCAGGUUCCGGCAUUCAAUCAAAGAGACAAUUUCUAUUUGGAAGCAUUGAAAUGCUUAUCAAAUUGGUCCCUGGAAAUUCUGCUGGAACUGUCACAGCCUAUUAUAUGUCCUCCACUGGGAACUGGCACGACGAGAUAGAUUUUGAAUUCUUGGGUAACGUUUCAGGACAACCUUACAUUAUCCACACAAAUAUCUUCACACAAGGAAUAGGAAACAGAGAACAGCAAUUCUACCCCUGGUUUGACCCAACUGCUGAUUUCCACAACUACACCAUUCAUUGGAACCCGACAGAAGUUGUGUGGUACGUCAAUAGCCUGCCUAUUCGUGUAUUCAGAAACUACGAGAAUGAGGGGAUUCCCUACCCAAACAAACAAGGGAUGAGGGUGUACUCCAGCUUAUGGAAUGCUGAUAACUGGGCAACAAGAGGUGGCCUUGUUAAGAUUGACUGGAGCUGGGCACCGUUCAUAGCUAGAUACAACCGGUUUAGGGCAAGGGCUUGCAAGUGGAAUGGGCCGGUUAGCAUUAGUCAAUGCACCUCCCAAACCACUGCCAACUGGUGGACAUCACCUGCAUACAGCCAAUUGAGCGAUGCUAAGCAGGGUCAGAUGAAGUGGGUCAAAGAUAACUACAUGAUAUAUGACUACUGCGAAGAUACUAAGCGAUUCGACGGACAGAUGCCACCUGAAUGCUUUAAACCGCAAUACUAACAAGCAUCAACAGUCACACGGAUGAGUUCAACAAUUCUGAAGCUCCUAUACACUAUUGUAUGUCAAGAUUACAAUUGAAAAUAAGUUCUUUAAUGUGUUUUUGGUUUCAAUCAUUUUUCAUCUUUUUAUUUUUUUUUUUAUUUUGUUUAUUUGUUUCACCUGUUUUUAAGAUUAUAAAACAUGU